GGGAGACGUAGGCGGUCACCUCCACCCGCUUCGCUCGAAGCCCUAAAAACCACUGCCUUUGCGCGAUCCGAAGCAAAGGCUUCGAGGGGAAAGAAGAAGACGCAGACAGAUACGAGGGGUUAUCGAAGAUGCCGGACUACGGAGAGAGAUAUGAGGGCAACGGUGAGGAGUACAAUGAGUACGGCGCGGCCGCGCCUCCGGCGAAGGGCAGCGGUUUCGAUGACUUCGGCGAUUCCAGAUCUCAGUAUGAUUCCCAUGGACGUGAGAGAGGGUCCUCAAAGAGCAGAGACAAGGAAAGAGAAAGAGGCAGGGAGAAGGAGAGGGAGCGUGACAAGGAUAGGGAACGGGACAGAGACAGGGUCAAAGAUCGAGAUCGCGAGAGGGAUCGUGAUGGCCAUCAUAGAGACCACAAGGACAGAAGUGAAAGGAGGGAGCGCGAUCGAGAUAGAUCUGAUGAUCAUGAUCGUCACCAUGGUCGAGAGUACGAUAGGCACAGGGAUCAUGAUAGAGAUAGAGAUAGAGACAAAGAUAGAGAUGGGCAUCGUAGUCAUCGCUCACGGUCUCAUCGGUCACGAUCUCGUUCUCGAUCAAAGGGUAGAUCCAGUCGAAGAUCAACGUCUCGUUCUCGUUCAAGAUCAAAGAGCAAACGAAUCAGUGGUUUUGACAUGGCCCCACCUGCUUCUGCUCUUCUUCCUGGUGCAACUGCCACAGAAGGCAAUGUUGGGCCACUAGUCCCACUCUGCUGCCAAAGGGUGCGAGCGGACUCUCUAGCUUUUAUGUGCAAGAAGGAACCAACGCACCAGUUUGAUGGAUCUUGUUCGUCUUCAAUCGGCAGUCAACUUCCUGGAGCCACUCCAGCCAUUCCUGGAAUGUUUCCGAACAUGUUUUCUUUGGCAGCUGGACAGAUUCCAACUAUCCCUAUCAUGCCAGUGCAAGCCAUGACUCAACAGGCUACUCGGCAUGCUCGGCGUGUAUAUGUUGGUGGCCUUCCUCCAACUGCUAAUGAACAGUCAGUUGCAACAUUUUUUAGCCAGGUUAUGUUUGCUAUUGGGGGUAACACCGCUGGGCCAGGUGAUGCUGUUGUGAAUGUGUAUAUAAACCAUGAGAAAAAAUUUGCGUUUGUAGAAAUGAGGUCUGUUGAAGAAGCAAGCAAUGCAAUGGCUUUAGAUGGCAUCAUUUUUGAGGGUGCACCAGUGAAGGUCAGAAGGCCAAGCGACUAUAACCCUUCUCUUGCAGCUGCACUUGGUCCCAGCCAACCCAACCCAAAUCUUAAUCUCGCUGCAGUGGGUCUUACACCAGGUUCUGCUGGUGGUCUUGAGGGGCCUGAUCGAAUUUUUGUGGGAGGUCUUCCAUACUAUUUUACAGAAGCACAAGUGAGGGAGUUGCUUGAAUCUUUUGGGCCUCUUCGAGGUUUUGAUCUUGUCAAGGACAGGGAAACUGGCAAUUCAAAAGGAUAUGCAUUCUGUGUGUAUCAAGAUCUCUCUGUCACAGAUAUUGCAUGUGCAGCUCUUAAUGGUAUCAAGAUGGGUGAUAAAACCCUUACUGUAAGGCGUGCUAACCAAGGUGCUGUACAGCCAAGGCCAGAGCAUGAAAGCGUACUGCUGCAGGCACAACAACAAGUGGCACUCCAGAAACUUGUGUACCAGGCAGGAUCCCUUCCUACGAAGGUAGUAUGCUUGACCCAGGUAGUUAGUCCAGAUGAACUGAAUGACGACGAGGAAUAUGAAGACAUAAUGGAAGACAUGAGGGCGGAAGGUGGAAAAUAUGGUAAGUUGGUCAAUGUUGUAAUCCCACGUCCUGUACCAAACGGAGAGCCAGCUCCUGGUGUUGGAAAGGUCUUCCUGGAGUACGCCGAUAUCGAUGGAUCUACCAAAGCUAGACAGGGCUUACAUGGAAGAAAAUUUGGGGGAAAUCAAGUUGCUGCUGUGUUUUACCCGGAGAACAAGUUUGCCCUAGGAGAAUAUGAUGGGUAGCUAUUUUAAUAGAUUCGCUAGGCAGUUUGUAGACUAAUCUGUGCCACAGUUUGAUGCGGGAGUGUACUUAUUGCACAUUGAUUAUUAGAUUCAUGUGCUAACCAGCCUAGGUUUCAUUCAGCAUGUAAAAUUCUGUUUGGUAGGUACCUCACUUAACGGUCAUUCCAGUGAGCCUAUAAAUCAGCAGAUAUAUAUUGCUAUUUGAAUAUCUGACAUUGCCAACAGUUGUGUUUCUAAAAGCUUAGGAAGUUGAUAAUUAUUCUUUUUAUUAUGCCA